AUGGAUCAAAUAAAAAUUAAUCUAUGUUUAGCAUUAAGUCGUAGAUUCAAUGACAAGGAAGAUGUUAUUCAUUUGACCAAUGUUUGCGCUGCGUUAGCUGCACGUGAAAAUGAAUAUUAUAACAUACAAAUGGAAAACGAUAAGUUGAAAUACGUUAUAAAUAAACAACUGAUGGACAUACGCAUGACAAUGUUAAAUAAUUAUGAUGAAAUUCUACAAAGCGUAGAGAAGUUAAAAGAAGGACUGCAUAUUAAAGAUCUCAAAAUAUCACAGUUGGGAGACGAGAUAUUAUAUUCGAUUAAUGAAGAAAAAUAUAUGCAACUACAGUUAUUUCAUGAAAAUGUAUUUCAGUUUCCUGAUCAGAACUUUCAUGACGCAUUUGAUUAUACUCAAAAUAAUAACGAACUGUACGAAGGCAAAAUGUUGAUCGCUGAACAAAUCAACCAAAUCCAAGGAUCUAGCGACGUCGAAUUCGAAGAUCACAAAUUGUGUGACUUCAUUAAUAUGCUUGCAAAAUUGACAACUGAUAAAGAAGAUAAUUUAAAAACAAUUAAUAGAUGUUUAGUUAGAAAUAUUGAAGACAAAAAUCAACAACUAAUAAAAGAAAUUAACGAUUACAAAAAAUGGCAGAUAUAUUUGGAAAACGAGAACGAAAAACUAAAUUCUCAAAUAAAAAACAAAAUAAUGGUCCAAACAAUUUUAAUUGGCAAACAAAACGAACAUAACAACCUCAAACAAGAUUAUUUAAAAAUGCAAUUAAUGUACGAUAAGUUAAAAGAGAGAGACGCACACUUAUUAGCGUUGCUGGACGAGUGCCGACAACGAUUGAGUGACAGGGAAAUUAAAUGUGUCGACGACGAUAGCCUAAUUAAAACGCUUCAAUCAAAUAUAAUAGAACAGACCAAUAAAUACGAACUCGUGAAUGCUAAGUACAACAAAGAAAAAGAAAAAUGCCAAAAAAACAAACUUUACACUCAACAAAUGAUGGAUGAAUUUACGAACCGGCUCCUCGAAAAACAAAUCGAGGUAAUCACGUUUAAUUACCAACCUGCACAAUCAUCACAUUGUCGCAGCAUCACGAGCCGGUUCGUAAAUUCAUCCAUCAUUUGUUGA